UUUCGAUAUGAGCUAUAUUUUUUCAUUAAUGAAUUGCGUGAAACAACAUUGUUUCAGAAAUAACGGCUUAUUAAAACAUUCAAACUUGUAUUUAUAAAAACUGACAAGCGCAUCUGGCAGGGUCACGCCCAUUUAUGAUUUGUAGUCCUUCAAGCAGCAACCAGCCAGUGGUUUGUUUGUGGUUGCUGGAGUCUGUGUCACAGCCACGGAAGAAUUUGACAGUUCGGUUCUGAUUUCAUUCACCAGGGUGAUACAAGCGCAGGCAACAACCUCACAGUCCACAUGCUUCGGGGCUCCGCCUGACCCGACCCGACGCUGGCGCCCAGUGCCAGCUCCGAUUCCCGCCUGCAGUCGAGUGGGGUCGAGUGACGGACAGACGGCACCACCUUCCCACCCCGUGUCUUCCUCCUCCUCCUCCUCCUCCUCCUCUUCCUCACCCUCCUGCCUGCGGUCAGGAUGAAGCUGCGUCUGCACUUUGUGGUGGACCCCAUGGGCUGGUUCUGCAUGUCCUUGGUCUUCUUCGUGUGGUUCUACAACACCCUCUUCAUCCCCAAGCUCAUCCUCUUCCCACACUACAACGAGGGACACGUCCCCUGGGCCCUGGUGAUCUGUUAUUAUCUGGCAUCAUUGUUCUGUGUGACCGCGUUGGUGAGGGCGUCGACUGCAGACCCAGGCAGGCUACCCCAGGACCCCCACAUACCUCACUCAGAGCGUGAGCACUGGGAGCUGUGUAAUAAGUGUAACCUGAUGCGGCCCAAGAGGUCCCACCACUGCAGCCGCUGUGGCCACUGUGUUCGACGCAUGGACCACCACUGCCCCUGGAUUAAUAACUGCGUGGGGGAGGACAACCACUGGCUCUUCCUGCAGCUGUGUUUCUACACGCAGGUAUUGAGUCUCUUCACGCUGGUGCUGGACUUCUGCCACUACUACUGCUUCCAGUCCCUGCCUAAUCUCCGCCAGGAGGGAGUUUACUAAGGCCAUGAGUUAUUGCUGCGCAUCUCCACCUUCAUACAGGAUGUUUGAGGCAUGAGCAGCCUCUUCUACACCCAGCUCACCGGCAUCCUACAAGACACCACCACCAUAGAGAAGAUGUCCCUCUUCAACAGUGAAGUUGUCCCCAGUAGUCGUCCGUGGCAGCAGUCCCUGGCGGAGGUGUUUGGCACGCGCUGGAAGCUCCUGUGGUUCCUCCCCUUCAGGAGACGACAGCCUCUAGGGGGCGCCCUCCACUCCCGCAUCCGUGUGUGAGCCCCCUCACACCCGCCUCCUUACCCACAAUGCAACACAGCACUGUACCAGGGCCAGAACGUCCCACCCCACCCCCCCUUCCCAGCCCAGCUUCUCGUCAUGCUAGUCCGUCAUCAGACAUGUCCAGUGCUGUCCACUUCGUCCCACUAGACUGGUGAAGGGCUGCUGGAGGUUUCACACACACACACACACACACACACACACUGCCCAGUGAUGCUCCAGUCUCCCAGAUUCGACACACACACACACAUACAUACAUACAUACAUACAUACAUACACACACACAGACAUACACACACACACAGACAUACAUAUAUACACACACACACACACACACAUGCAGGAGGACCCAGGGUUUCUAGAGAUGGCCUUUUGUCGCAAUGACACACACACACACACACACACACACACACACACACACACACACACACACACACACACACACACACACAGACACGGGCAGAGGGGUGCCACGGCGACCGGCUGGAAGCGGGGCAGCGUUGUUUCCCGGGUAACCCUCAUUUGUUAUGCUCUUGGCAGGCUCUGCCCCAGUGUCAUGUGACCCACUCUGCUGGUGCUGGCAAGCGCAUGGGGCAAGCUGGGUCAGACUUUUGUGGUGGUGGAGUGUGUGUGUGUGUGUGUGUGUGUGGGGUGCAGGGAAUGGAUCUUGUGUGGUGUGUGUGUGCGUGUGUGUG